AUGCAAGAUACGGUGCUAGAUCCGGACUUGGAGAAACACUUGGCUCAUUUUGGUAUAGCGAUGAAGGAGAUGAAGAAAACAGAAAUGUCGAUGGUGGAAAUGGAGAUAGAUCUCAGCCGACGUUGGGAGUAUAGUACGAUUCAGGAAGAAGGCCAGAAACUGGUGCCUAUAUAUGGUCCCGGCUACACAGGCAUGAUCAACCUUGGUAAUACGUGCUACAUGAACACGGCGCUGCAGACACUGACUUUGGUGCCAGGCAUGGUCGAAAUUUACGCGAAGCACGCGGACGCGAUUUUCGAGCACUGUUCCGGCUCUCCGGUCGACGAUUUCAAUGUCCAAAUGGCAAAAGUAAUCUCUGGUCUGCAGUCCGGGGAUUAUUCGUCGAAGCCGUUAGAUGACACUUCCAAGGGUCAAGGAAUUAGCCCUUUUUCGUUCUGGUCUAACGUAACACGUGGCAACGCCGAAUUUAGCUCCAAGCGUCAACAAGAUGUUGAAGAAUUUAUGCUAUAUCUGUUCGAAAAACUCGAGGUAAACCAUUCGGUGCUAAAAGCGAUCUCCAGCGAUGACCUGGUCACUUCAUGGCGAUUCAAAGUCGAAGAACGUACGUGCUGCACCGUCAGCGGUAUUGUUUCCUACAAAACUCGUCCUGAGACCAUACUAUCAGUGCCUGUUCCGAGGGAUGAGGCCGUCAAUCUUGAAGAACAUCGAAUCUAUAUGAGUCGAUGUGAAAACGAAAAGGCAGCUGGCAGGACUGUGCCCCCUGAGCAGGCGGUCCGUCUGAAAGUACCCUUACUGGCGUGUAUACACGCUUUCGCUGAGCCGGAGUUUAUCACUGAAUCACGAAGCCCAUUUACUAACGAAAACACGGUUCUGCAGAAGGAAUAUCACUUUUCUACGUUUCCUGAUUGGCUGUGGAUUCAUGUUAGUGUGAAAAAGUACACGAUUUCCGAAAAUAUGCAAGCUGAGAAGCUGGACGUGACGUUGGAUGUACCUGACGAGUUGGACCUGUCAGACAUGGCUGCCAAAGGUCCUCAGCCCGGAGAAAAGGUCUUUACGACGGCUGACGAUUCGUUGAAGCAUUUCGAAGCGAGUUCUCAGGCGCUCGGGCAAUUGAUAGAGAUGGGUUUCAAUGAAGUCGAUUCUAAGAAGGCGUUAUUCAAAGCGGCCAACGACCCUUCGUCGGCUAUUCAGUUCUUGCUCAGUGACGACCUCCAUUCGACUCCUGCGCUUCCGGCAGAAGGCAGUAUGUCGGAUGACGCCGAAAAUGUAAAAUGCAACGAUGGUCCAGGUCGCUAUCGCCUGAGGGGCUUCAUCAGCCAUAUGGGCUCGUCCGUGCAUAGCGGCCAUUACGUGUGUCACCUGCUUAAGGAUAACCAUUGGGUGAUAUUCAACGAUGAGAAGGUAGCGCUGUCUGAGAAGCCUCCAAAAGAGAUGGCCCACAUCUUCCUGUAUCAACGUAUUGAAGACAUCACGGAUGAGCGACUCUGA